AUGAAGUUCUGGAUUCUUAUUCUUCUGCUGGCCAUCGCAUUCGGCACGGAAGAAAUACAAAGACAAAACAGUUGUAUCGAUAGAUUUCCUGGGAUCCCUGGGAACCCUGGACACAAUGGCUUACCAGGACGGGAUGGCCGAGAUGGAACAAAGGGAGAAAAAGGAGACACAGGUGAACCAGGACGUCCAGGAAAAUCAGGCACAGAUGGCAGAAGUGGAGAUAAGGGAGAACCAGGAGCUGAUGGCAGAGUUGAAGAGAAAGGGAGCAAAGGAGAUAAAGGGGAGAGAGGCUGGCCUGGGAAAUUUGGACCAAAGGGAAUACCUGGGCCUGUAGGUGACAAAGGUCAAAAGGGUGAGCUAGGUCCACAAGGACGAAAGGGGAUAAAAGGUGACCUUGGCCCAAUUGGCCCAAAAGGGAUUAAAGGUGAAAUCGGAGUCCAGGGUGAAAUCGGUUUAAGGGGUCCCACUGGACCAAUGGGUCCAGUUGGUACGAAAGGAGAGAUAGGAGGCCCAGGACCGAAAGGCAGUAAAGGAAUUCAGGGAGAAAGAGGCUGGAAGGGGGACACAGGAGAAAAGGGAAACAUUGGGAGUCCCCCAGUUAUCCCCAGAAGUGCCUUUAGUGUAGGUCUUACCACCAAGUUUCCCCCUUUAAAUGUGCCCAUCAAAUUUGACAAAGUGAUAUAUAACAGCUUAAACCAUUAUAACACAGCCACUGGAGUAUUCACCUGCCAGAUUGCAGGUGUCUAUUAUUUUACCUACCACAUCACUGUUUUUGCAAGGAAUGUCUGGGUAACUCUGGUUAAAAAUGGGGAAAGGAUGCUCCACACCGCAGACAUGUACCAAGGUGCUGAAGACCAGGCCUCAGGAGGAACUAUCUUGGAGCUCCAGAAAGGUGAUCAUAUAUGGUUGCAGACCUAUGGAAGGGAGAAUUCUAAUGGGUUGUUUGCAGAUCCAGAUGACGACACAGUCUUCACGGGCUUCCUUCUAUUUACUACCUCAGAGACAUCAGAGCCUAUACCAUCCUCCAUAGUGUGA